ACGUCGGUUCAUGGGCCUUUCAAGCACGAUUUGGACUUUCAGAUUGCUCGGUGGGCCAAAGAAGAGUGCAUUAGUGCAAACGCCCUUACCCGAUUGCUGGAAAUACCCGAUCUCGUUGAUCAGCUUGAUCUCUCGUACCGCAAUGCUUGGGGUCUCAACCAGUUAAUCGAUGAACUCCCUGGAAACCCCCCAUGGAUGGAAUCGGAGUUCUCGAUUGUACACGAAACAUACGGUGCCGUGUCCCAGAAGCUACGCUUCCGCGAUCCAUUAGAGUGUAUCAAGGCUCUCUACGCGAACCCAGACUUCAUGGAUCAUAUGAGUUAUGCACCCGUGCGGGACUUCUGCGACGAGGAGAAGACGCAGCGCAUGUACAGCGAGAUGAACACAGGGGACUGGUGGUGGGAGACCCAGGUAAGAUUCGCCCUUCUGCCGGACGGCGCGACUAUUGUUCCAGUGAUCCUAAGCUCAGACAAGACCCAAUUAUCGACCUUCAGCGGCGAUCAACAAGUUCAUCCAGUCUAUCUUUCGAUAGGCAACAUCUCAAAGGAUAUCCGCCGCAAACCUUCGUACCGCGCGCAAGUUCUGAUCGCAUAUCUACCAAUCAUCGACGUAUCGCACCUCCCCAGUGAAGCUGCCCACGUGAUGCGGGCACGCUCAUUUCAUGCUGCCAUGCGAGUCGUACUCCAAUCGCUCGAGGACCCGGGCAAGAACGGCAUAGAGCUUACCGGCGGGGAUGGUGCUGUGCGCCUUGCAUUCCCGAUUGUCGCAGUUUAUGUCGCCGACCAUCCGGAGCAAACUCUUGUCUGUUGCACCCGGUUUGGCCAGCAAUGUCCGAAGUGCUCAGCAACCGCUGUUGAGUUCACCAAACAUCGUCUCGCAUCCUGGUCUCUUCGGAAGCAAACCGACACGCUGAGGACCCUUCGACACGCGCAGACGCUGGGGUCAUAUCGCCGGACAGAGGAAGCUCUCAAGGCUGCAGGAUUGACCCAUGUCGAGGAUCCCUUUUGGGCCCACCUGCCGCAUUGUAAUAUCCACGCAGCGAUCUCGGCCGAUGUGCUGCAUCAACUCUACCAGGGCAUGCUUAUGCACCUGAUAGAUUGGCUGACAUCCCUCAUUGGCGCGGCGGAGCUCGAUGCUCGCCUUAAACGCUUGCCAGCAACGCAUGGCAUUCGACAUUUCGCGAACGGCAUUAGCGGUUUAACACAGGUCUCCGGUCCCGAACGAAAGCAAAUGGUCCGACAACUUCUUGGUUGCGCUGUUGGAACGAUUAGCCCCCGCGCACUGCGCGCAACCCGUUCUUUAUUCGACUUCAUCUUCAUUGCACAGUAUAUUAGCCAUUCAGAUGAUACCCUUCAAUACCUCGACGACGCACUCGCAGAGUUUCACGCGAACAAACAAGUAUUCAUCGACGAAAGUGCACGAACCUUGCCUCACUUCAAUAUCCCGAAGUUACACAUGCUGUUUCAUUACGUCCCGGGGAUCCGUGCCGUCGGUACAACAGACAACACGAACACUGAGGUCCUGGAACGGCUUCAUAUCGAUAACGCAAAACGCGCAUACGAUGCUACGAAUAAGAAGCACGACUACGUCGAACAGAUGACUCGGUGGCUCGAACGUUACGAGAAGGUGGCGCUUCUCGACGUACAUAUCCGGUGGUACGCAAACGAACUUCCGCCGCCGCCACGAAUUUGCUCUCGACGAACGACUGUCCUCCCACCUGGUCCCAAGCUAUCGAAGUUUCCGCAUGUGAAGUCCAUUGCGUUCGGUCGCCUAGCAGCCGAUUACCAUGCCCCGCAGUUUCUCCAUGCUCUUCGGAUGUUUAUCGCCAUCUCACGUUGUUCGACCGAGCAUCAGCGAAUAUCUGCUCGUCGCCGGAACCACGACCAUCUUCCCAUACCCUUCAAUUGGGUUGAGAUAUGGCACCAUGCUACGUUCGUCGUGCCUAAUGUCCAAGUUGACGGAGCACCGUGCUUGGUGUCGUCUCCCGUUGCCAACCCCUCCGGUGGGAGAGACGGAUCGGGUCGCUUCGACACCGUCCUUGUUGAUGUUGCCGGUGCCGACGACACGGGCAUUGAAGGCCUUCGUAUAGCGCGUGUCCGUGCUUUCUUCAGGAUCCCCGAGCAGUUCACGGCGGUAAUGUUUACUAACCAUGGGGUGUCGCCGCCGGGACACCUGGCAUAUGUGGAGUGGUAUACGCCACCGUCGUCCAAGGGUCGCGACCAUCAGAUGUAUACAGUUACGCAGAAGCGAGGGCGGCCGAAGGUGGAGAUCAUUGAGGUCUCUAAGAUUCGGAGGAACUGCCAGCUGUUCCCGAUAUUUGGGAACAAAGCUGACAGGUCAUGGUCAUCCACGAAUGUCCUUGACCGCUGUGAGAGGUUUCUAGUAAAUAAUUUUCAAGAUCAGCAUGCUUAUCAGACACUG